CUCAUAUUUGAAUUUAUAUUCCUUUUAGUAUUCUGUGGUUCUUUCUGAUCGUGGCCGGGGACGUUAACGGAUCAAAAUGCCGUCUGUUACUCUAAAGGAUGUUGAUCAACACAAAUUCGUAAAAGCUUUCGCUUCGUUUUUGAAGAAAUCUGGCAAGCUACGUAUACCAGACUGGGUAGAUUUGGUAAAAACUUCCAGAGCUAAAGAGUUGGCCCCUUACGAUCCUGAUUGGUACUAUGUUCGUUGUGCUGCUGUGGUCCGCCAUAUCUACAUUAGAUCCCCUAUUGGUGUUGGGUCCGUAACAAAAAUAUUUGGCUCUCGUAAACGUAAUGGCACCAAACCAUCUCAUUUCUGCCGAUCAGCUGGCAGCAUUGCCCGAAAAGCACUUCAAAGCCUCGAAACACUGAAGUUGAUAGAAAAGUCACCUGAUGGUGGAAGAAAAUUAACCCAGCAAGGGAGAAGGGACUUGGAUAGGAUCGCCGCACAAGUCAAAGCAAAGGAACGCCAGGCAUUGAAAGCAGCGGGUGUAUUAACAUUAUCUUAAUUUUACAAAUAAAUGAAUGCUGUGUUUAA